UUUAUUUGGAAUGACUCACCUGAGUUGAGUUACUAAGUUCCUCACAUAAAAUAGCGCGUAGUUAUAACUCUGGUAAAGCACUACCGAACGGUUCUGAAAGUUAAAAACACAGCUGACGUUUAGUCAGUGAUGCAAACUAGUCACAUCUCAAUUCCCCAUAAGACUUUACUAAGGAUGGUCACGGCCUUGCCAGGCUAAUGCACAUCUGCAACAUUCCCUUUUCUGAUCAAGAAUGUCACUUUUUAGUGCAGCCUUGUUGUCAGACAACAAAUCCAACACCUCCACUGCAACUGCCAGUGUGUCUGUAGGCAAACCUUCAGGUUUCAGUUUCAGCCCAGUUGCAGCAUCCAGUUUUGGUUUAGCCACAUCUUCAGAAGUCAAAUCCACCACCACACCUGCAACAUCCACUUUAGCUUCACCCACUGCUGGACCUUCGUUCACCAAAUCUGAUCGCAAUAAGCCCAAAAAAGUGACAGUUCCUCAGUUCUCUCUUGGAGCAGAAUUUCCGCUCUUGCUGGAAAAUGAGUGGAGAAAAAUGGAGUGGAGUGAAGAAGUGAAAGAGACACUGAUGGAGUCUGUCAGCUCAUUUAAACCAGCCAGUGAAGCUGUUACUGAAGCCAGAGUUUUGCUAAUCGGUCCAGUCGGUGCUGGAAAGUCCAGCUUCAUCAGCUCUGUUCAGUCUGUCUUCUCUGGACGGGUCAUCAACAGAGCCAUGGUGGGCUCUUCAUCCUCCACCAGCUUCACUAAAAAGCUUCGCUCGUACAACAUUAGAGGAGCAGGAGAGAACGCAAAUGAACCCACAGCUCUGGUCUUGUGUGACGUGAUGGGUGUAGGUGAAGGAGAAAGCACUGGACUCACUCUUCACGAUGCACUGUCUGUCAUUAAAGGACACACACCAGAGGGACACCAGUUUAGUCCUGAGCAGCCGAUUUCAGCAGAGACUAUGGGCUUCAUAAAGAAACCAAGCACAAGUAAUAAAGUGCACUGUGUGGUGUUUGUGAUAGACGGCUCGAAGGUCAAUUCAUACGCCAAAAGCUUAGGCGCAACCUUCCAGCAGUUAAGAGAACACAUCAGCAACUUAGGUGUACAUCAGGUGGCGGUACUGACCCAUGUGGACCAAGUUUGUAAAGCUACCGAAAGUGACAUAACCCAGGUUUACAAGAGCAGGAGUAUUCAGCAGGCGAUGGUGAAGGCCGGAGAGCUGCUGGGAAUGGCCACGUCCUACAUCGUACCAGUGAAGAACUACUGCUCAGAGCUGGAUCUGGAUGAAAACACUGAUGUUUUGCUGCUCAAAGCUGUCGAUCAUAUCUUACAAUAUGUCGAUCUGUACUUUCAAGACAACAGCAGUUAAAGCUUUACAAUAAGAAUUAACAGUAGUGCCAAAAAUGUGUUCAUCCCAGUUUUGUCUGAUUGAUAUGUUGAUGGCAGUGCUUGUAAUUCUUCGCUAAGAUAUUGUGGUAGUUUUAAUUUUUUUAUAAAACAGCUUUUACUUUUUAAACAGUAUUUGUGCUGUUGAUGACCAUGAAGGUUUGACUGAAGCUUUGCUUUUUAAUAAAGUUUGCUACUUUUUGACUCAAAACCUGCAAAAAUAAUGUAUAGGUUGUAAUAAUCUAAUUCAUUAUUAUAUGACCUAUAAACAUGAUCA